AAUGUUUUAACAUCCUGGCAGUUUAGCUUCUUUUCUUCUAUGUAGACAGAGGCUGACAAAUAGACGUCACACCACGACAAUCGUAAAAGUCUCGAGACCCCAAUUCUAGUUCUUCUUUCCAGUCCCUAGAUUUUUUUCGUGGCGUUUCGUUCGUUGACAUUAAUUGAUUGAUUGCUUACCUGAUUUGUUUCACUUACUCAGUCCCCUGAUAAUUCCACCGAGAGCGCCGACUCCUUGUUCCUGUCUUAUUCCUUAGCGGUAGCUCGCCUCAGAAGUCGAGUUAGAGCCAGAAUCAGAGAUCUCACCACCACAAGUGGCGCCAUUCAAUGUCGAGCGAUCCAAACGAUCAACAGCAGGCGGCUGCGCCCGCUGCCCCUGCGUCGUCGGUAGGAGGCUCUGCUGAGCCGCCUAAGAGGAUCCCCAAGGGAGUGGUACUAGGCCCUGACGGCAAGCCAUGCCGGAAUUGUACGUCUUUUGCUGCAUGGGCUUCCCAGACAAAGAGUACUCUCAAACAGGAUGCUGCAAAGGUCAAGGGUCCUCCAGCCGACUGCCCUCCAGAUGUUGAGGUGCUAGGCCGUAGUACAUGGACAUUGCUUCACUCUAUUGCCGCUCAGUAUCCGGAACAGCCGUCAAGCGGCCAAAAAUCAGACCUUCUCAGCUUUGUCGGUCUAUUCUCUAAGCUAUAUCCUUGCUGGGUCUGCGCAGAAGACUUCCAGGGUUAUCUAAAACGAGAAGCGCCACAGGUCAACAGUCGUGAUGAGUUCGGCAAGUGGCUGUGCGGCGCACACAACGACGUCAACCGCAAAUUGGGCAAGCCUGAGUUCGACUGUUCCAAGUGGGAGGAGCGGUGGCGGACAGGUUGGAAGGAUGGAAGAUGCGAUUAAGCUGUCUCUGAGCUGAGGUUGAGGCUGGCUGCUGGAUCGGGCCGGGAGGCUAACGCGCCUACCAAUAUGUCAGAGGCCUCGACUCAUUGUGGUUUCGGUGUGCGGUGUACAAUAUUUGGGCCCCUGAGCGAUUGUACACCGAUUGGAGAAUGACAUGAUGGACCGUCGGCUGUUGGCUGUUGUGUGGAUACAUACAUACUCGCGUGGUCAAUGCCGGACCGAUGAAGGCGUGGGAUGGCAAUGACUUUUUCUAUAGACAGAGGAAGAAAUGAUGGGCAAAACGGUUUGAAACGUCUAUGAGCGGGGCAUGGGAAUCGCCGAUUUUGGAUGGAUAUUUCAUGAUGGAGCAUGAGCUGUAUAGUAGAUGCGAAGCGAGAACUGCAUGCAUAGAAUCUCAUCUCACGGUAAUCGAUAGAUGUACAACAGGUGUAACAUAUCAUGAAGCCAAAUACAUCAAGUCCCACCAUUAAGUGAAUGUGAGCAUCAAUAAUUCUGUACACCGCUCUAAAGCAGUGUCCAAUUUCCGACAUCAGCAGUUAUAGCUUCCUCUUAGACAAAGCCAGCCCUGUAGGGUGAGUACGAUAUUGAGUCAGUUCAAUACAGCCAUCUCGAUGAAUGAGGUCAAAUUCAGGAACGUAGCGGAAGCACGAUAUCCCAGGGAGCUGGUCUCGCCAGUUUACCACCCUAGCUGUACAUCCCUGCUCGUUUCGGUGAACUCCCUCUAGGCGGCGAUAAGAAUGAUCUGACAUGACACGGCUGUACAACACAACUACCGGACCGCCUUUUUGCCAAAAACGACCAACUACAGUUCUCUUCCAAGAGGCAUGGCAUAGCUAGGGCCAAGGUGGUGUAUAGAUAGUUCCCAACAUCUCAGGUUACCUUACCCUGCAACAUCCCAUCUCGCAGCCAAUGCCUGUCACGGCCCCUCUGAAUCCAUGCUCUUUAUCCGUUGAUGAAGAAAAAGAUUUGAUAUCGUCCCGCUAUUGUAACACGAUAUCGGUUUGAUAUUUUACGGCAAAGAGCGGAAAACAUAGGAAAGAAGAGGCUUGAAAUGAUAUUGUUCGUGAUAAUCGGAUGUCGAUUACGGGAUGUUAUCGAGUUACAGUACGACUGAAAGGGCCUUUUACGGACACGAGAUCCCUGUCUUGAAUUGGGCUUGAUGCUGUUUUCCUUGUGAUUGCUUUAUCGAUUGGAGUGUUGUACGUAGAGAGCUGUGAAUGGAUAGUUGGUUGAGAUAUUUUUUUCUUCUGUAAUGUAAUGCAUAGUCAUCUCUUGCCUCAGCAUUACUACACGCGUACGUACGCCAGUGAUAAACGUGAAUGCUACGCUUGUAUGCAAGUUGUGCCGCUUGUUGUUCAUACGCAAUUUACCCGGUAACUAAGGAAGUAAAGAUACAGUGGGACAGUAAGAAUAGGUACUGUCGACAUACAAAGUCUCGUUAUGUCAUCCUUGAAUGAGGAGGCUAUUCAGGGUCGACAUGGACAUCCACCACCGCAGACCUUGCAACGAUAACGAUAUCGACAUCCAUGGAAACAAUUAAUGGUGGUGGUCCCUGGAUCUAGGUAACUUAAUGCGUACAUACGUAGUUGGACCCCCGUUGUCUUGUCUAUUGCCGGUCGCACGCAUCUCGAGAGGAAAAACAACGCCAUUUCUAAAUAUCCAUC